AUGGACUUCGAUCAUUACGGCCAGAGCCCCCAGCAGCCUCGACAGCGCCGGAAACGUGUCGCUAAGAGGCGCCUUCGUAAUAAGCCUCCGGUCGCUGCUCGUCUGGCGCUGGAUGCUCAGCUUCGUGGCAAUGUCGGCCUCUUAUCGGAGGACUUGGCCAAGGACCUCUUUCCGCAGCAGUCGCUUCAGGAUGUCGCGACGCAUGACGGUGUUCACUAUGUAGCCGUUUCCCCGCAUUCCCCGACCUUUUCCUCGGUGGAGGACCAGGCAUGGACCAUUCUGCCUGUGCGAAUUCACAGCUCAGAGCGCUCUCAAACACCAAUCUCACAUUCGACCGUUUUGUUCCCCGAUUCCGCCGAUACCCUGCAACCAUUCCUCCAGGCGCUCGGAAAGCUCGACGCUUCCCGGAAUUCACUGCAGACUCACCGGGCGGUGGAGAUCCGGCUCCUCGAUGUCGCCCCGCUGCAUCUGGAUACGGUCUUUGUGACCGUUGAGCGCCAUCUACUGCGCAACCACGAUGACGUGCAGAACAAGUUUGGCGGUGGAUUCCCAUCAAAUGUUCACGGGCCCAAUGGAGUGUGGUCAAAGGCUGGCAAGACUGCUGACACGAGAAGGCCUUCGAAAAAGGCAGCGGCAGACGCCGAGCAGCGACUAACUGCAGCCGUGCGUGAGGCCUUGGCCGCACAACGACUCGUCCAUGUCGGUGACGUUCUUCCGCUUCCUCUUCCACCACAUCCCAUUACCUACGCGCCCGCACCACCAGCUCGAAUUUCUUUCUGCGAACCAGUUUCACAAGGACUUUUGGGACCGACGACAAAGGUGGUCCUUGUCCAGGCUCGUCCGCAGCAGGGUAACCGGGUACCGCAAUCACUCCCACCGCGACCCGUGCUUCUGAAACAAGUGGCUGAAGAUGAAGCCGACGAUACCUCCAACGAACAGUUCUACUCUGCGGCCGAAGACAAGGCCGGGGAGACUGAAGUUGACGCAACUUCUGCGGCCGAAGAAUCCGAGACCGAAGGAUCAGUGGGUUCAAUGAGCGAGGACUCUGAUGAUUCCCUGGAAGAUAUGAUUUCUCUUUCCGCGCCGGAGCUUCCUCAGCCUCCUUCCGGCGUUAUGUCUUCUAUGACUUCCGCCACGCCUCGAGCUGGCGGCCGACGGAUGGAUGGGAUUCAUACUCCAGGCUCAGUCGCCUCGAACUUCACAUCGGCAACUAUGCGACCUGGUCGCGGAGGUGGGAAAGUGUUCAAGGUUGAAGGACUUUUGCAACAAGUCCCCAAUGAGGUCCUCCAUCCCCGCCCACGCGAUGACGAAGAUGUGGACUCUUUCAUCUUUGUCGACAUCAGCACACUUGCCAAGAUCGGUUGCUUCUCAGGCGACUGGGUUCGCAUCGAAGCUACUGAAGAGCCUCAGCUCGGAAUGUUCGCCUCGCUGAAGUUCGGUAGUUUCAAUAAUGAUGCUGCUGAAGAGGCUGGAGAUUGGCGGCCUGUCAAGGUCUUUGGCCUGCCCGGGCUUCCAUCCGCCAAGCCCCGGUACGCAAUCAACCACUCUGGCGCUCGGCGAUCAAGCUUCUCCCAGUUGGCCCCGACGCGAUUGACCCCUUCCGUUUUCGUGCCUCCAUUGCUUCUGAGCAACAUCGAGAACCCCAAGUACCUCCGUAUAUCGCCAAUGACUUUUGCAGCCGCCAACGGCGUGUCAAAGCCUGGCCUGUUGCACCACAUGAAGAAUAUCGCCGUGAAGAACCCUCCCCUGGCGAAGGAAGUCACACUGCUCAAGGUCUCCACGCCGCUGUCGAUGGACCGAGUCCUCCAGCCAGCUCUCUUUGCCGGGCUCAAGCAGUACUUUGAGUCCCGCCGAAGAAUCUUGAAGAGCGGUGAUCUUGUCGGUAUCAGUGUCGACGAGGGACUGGGCCGAGCGGUCUUCUCUGGUACCGCUGGAGGUGACGGCGCAAACCAAGAGGACGAUAUCACUUCUCGGUUAGGAUUGGGAUCCAAGCCGGAGAAUUCGGAGGCUCGCAAGGUCGGUGUUGCCUGGUUCCGUGUCGGCAAAGUGGCUCCUACCAGUGUCGAGGAAGUGGAGGAGACAGGCGAGGAUCAAUGGGGUGGCGUGGCAGUCAUCGACCCUAGCAGCACUCGCAUGGUUCAGGCCGGUAGUGAUGUUAGUCGCGUGCCCGGUAUUUUGGGUAACGGCUGGGAAUACUGGCUCGGCGUCAAGACAAUCCCUAAGGCCGUGGGUGAUGCGCCAGCACCCCAUGGCAUCGUCACAGAACCUCCAAAGUCGUUUACUGUCCCCUUGCAACAGCGUAUCCGCGACUUGAUGGCCGCAGCCACCAGUCCACGGGCCAUCCAGCUGGGUAUGAAGCCCGUCGUUAUUCUUCUGAAAUCACAACAGCGACACAUUGGCAAGGCAACUGUCGCGACACGCGCCUGUACAGAUAUCGGCCUCCACACGUUCCCCAUUGAUGCCUAUGAUAUCCUCACAGAAGGUGGCGCAAACGGUGGCGACGUCAAAACCGAAGCUUAUCUCAAAGCCCGUGCGGAGAGGGCCUUCCACUGCGGUGCGAACUGCACUGCCCUGCUGAUCAAGCACAUUGAAGUUUUGACGGCAGACCGUAUUGUGACUGCCAUGAAUGAUAUUCUCGGUGAAGCUCGGGUGGUUAUUGCGACGACCACCGAUGUUGAACAGAUCCCCGAGGGAAUUCGCAGCCUUUUCACCCACGAGUUCGAGAUGGGAGCCCCCGAGGAGAAGGAGCGUGAGGGUAUCCUGCGGAAUGUGGUUGCAGAGCGUGGCAUCAAGCUGUCGGCCGACGUUGAGCUGGGAACUGUUGCGCUCAAGACCGCUGCUUUGGUUGCGGGAGAUCUGGUUGACGUGGUGGAACGCGCUGCGACUGCCAGGACUGCCCGUCUCGAGAAACUCGCAGAGACUGCCAGCAAGCAGCUGUCAGGGUUUGAAGUUUGCGUGAGGGACGUUCUGAUUGCCGGCGGAGACGGUGCUCGGGGUGUCACCAAAGCCGACUUUGAUUUCGCUGUCGAGGCUGCUCGCAAGAACUUUGCCGACUCGAUUGGCGCACCCAAGAUUCCCAACGUUGGCUGGGAUGAUGUUGGUGGAUUGACCAACGUCAAGGACGCUCUCAUCGAGACUAUUCAACUACCCCUUGAACGCCCGGAGCUGUUUGCCAAGGGCAUGAAGAAGCGCAGCGGUAUUCUGUUCUAUGGACCUCCCGGAACUGGCAAGACGCUACUUGCCAAAGCCAUUGCCACCGAGUUCUCCCUCAACUUCUUCUCUGUCAAGGGUCCCGAAUUGCUCAACAUGUAUAUUGGUGAAUCCGAAGCGAACGUGCGCAGAGUCUUCCAGCGUGCUCGCGAUGCCCGGCCUUGCGUUGUGUUCUUCGACGAGCUGGAUUCCGUGGCGCCCAAGCGUGGUAACCAGGGAGACAGCGGCGGUGUCAUGGAUCGCAUUGUCAGUCAGCUGCUUGCCGAGCUGGAUGGUAUGAACGGCGGAGAGGAGAACAGCGGAGGCGUCUUUGUGAUUGGCGCAACCAAUCGUCCGGAUCUGCUGGAUUCAGCACUACUGCGUCCGGGUCGUUUUGACAAGAUGCUCUACUUGGGUGUCUCAGAUACGCACAGGAAGCAGGCGACCAUUUUGGAGGCGCUUACCCGCAAAUUUGCUCUCAACCCUGACGUGUCUCUUGACCGGGUGGCAGAGCAACUUCCUUUGACAUAUACCGGUGCUGAUUUAUAUGCGCUUUGCUCCGAUGCUAUGCUGAAGGCUAUUACACGGAAAUCCACCGCGGUAGAUGAGAAGAUCAAACAGCUUCCUGGUGGUCCGGUGACCACGGCAUACUUCUUUGAUCAUCUGGCUACGCCAGAGGACGUGUCGGUGACGGUGACGGAGGAAGACUUCCUCUCCGCACAAGGGGAACUCGUCCCUAGUGUUAGUGCCAAGGAACUGGAGCAUUUCGAACGGAUCCGCCAAACAUUCGAGUCCGUGGACAAGAAGCAGGAGAAUGGAAAUGCCGGCUCGCAGACAAUUGCUGAAGCAAUGGAAGCGUUCAACCUGGGUGCCACAUCACCAUCACCCGUGGGAACACCCACAAGCAAUGGAGACGCCUCCUUAGUCGGCAGUCUUCAUGGCCGCAUCAAGGGCUUGAAGCAGUGGCCUGGCGGUAUUGUCCGCAGCGCCAGUGGUCAAUCCACGACAAGCAGUAAGGGCAAGGGCAAGGGCGUCGCUGGGAAGAAGGGCAAAGGAUCACCUGCUGGUGGUGAUUCUGAUGCCUCCCUGGAGGGUGAUGAUGAAGAGAUGGUCGAUGGUCGAGUGGAGGACGAGGAUGAGGAGGACGAGGAUGAGGAGGACGAGGAUGAGGAUGAGGAGGACGAGGAUGAGGAGGACUAUAUCGUUCGCACUGAACACCUUGCUAAUCCCAUGGAAGAGGUUGAGUAG